AUGUUUGAUUUUUCAUUGACUUUAAAAUAUAUUAACACCUUUAAACUGGAGCAUUUUAAUAUUACAUGUAAUGAUUAUAAUUAUAAGACUGGUAUGUUAUGCUUUGGCACGUCUGAAGGUAGUAUUAUUUUUUCAAACACUAAUUUGUCUAGUGACCUUGGAAAUUUAAAGUUUAUGAAUAAAAAUAUAACUGAUGUACCGAUCUAUAAUGUGAACUGGCUUGACGAUUCAAGAAUUGGCGUAACAUUUUCAGAUUCAAUGUUUGUUAUAUUUGAUAUUUUAUCCGAUAAACUGUUAAUAUUAGAAAAUAAAUCUGCAGCAGUGAGGUACAUAAAGAGGUAUGAUAAUAAUACAUUUUAUACCUGCGGAAGAGAUAAUUUUGCUAAUGCUUGGGAUUUUAGAUUAAUGAAAAUUGUUAAGAAAUUAGAACAUGACAAUUCAGUGACCUGUAUUGAAUUUAAUAAUAAUUUUAUAUACACAACCUCUACACCAGGCACAAUAAUAAAUUUUUGGGAUAUUAGAUACACAAAAAAGGGGAAGUAUUUUGCUACUAAAAAUAUUGUAUCUCUUUCUUAUUGUAGAGAUUUAAAGUUUUACAAAAAUAAUUUAUAUAGUAAAAAUAUUAUAUCUCAUGUACAUAAAAUAUCGCAGACGACCUCUUUUAAUCAAAAACUGGUUAAUAAAAAUAUUGUGUCUUAUUGUGGUUCACUGACUUAUAACUUCUUUUAUGAUGUUUUAUUUACUUGUGUAGAUAAUGAAGUUUAUUGUGUCAGAGAUAAUAUUUUUUAUAAGAUUAGUUCAGAUUGUCCGGUUUGUGCUAUAGGAUGUAUUGCAUAUAAGAAUCGAUACAUUUUAUUAAAUAACGCACAAGAUAUUGUAUUGUACAGAAUAGAGCCAAGAAUUGAUACAAAUAAACAUAGUACAUAA